UUUUGUUUUUGUAUUUCCGCCUUCGUUUCCCUCAGAAGUGGUGAUCUGAAUGCUAUUUGUGGCGCACCCUCCAAGUUGCUUUUGGGCUUCCAGCUGCGUGAACCUCAAAGUAGGGAUGCGGGAUUUCCCGGGUUUUCUUUGCGUCACGGCCCCUCGGCAUUCUCCCAACAUUCAGCGCUGGACUCGAGUGGCUGUGUUGGUGAGGGGGUGCAUUGAAGAUCUUAGCUGGAGGGAAAUGAAGCUUGGGUUUCGGACUCUGGAUGCUGUCGCUGCUGCGGAAUCAGUGUAUGCGUCACAGGCUGCUUGACGUCUCCCAGCAGCAAGGCAGCUUUGUGCUGAGAUUUUGGUCUGUGAAAGACUUGUGGAUGCCAGGUUACAGAGCCGUGCAACAUGGUUUCUCGGUGAAGAAGCAAGCGACUGAGAUGUAGAAGCUUCGCAACGACGAUUAUCAAGGGUGAUGUUUUCACCAGGAUUGGUUCUGCCCAGGGGUUGACUUUCAAGCGAAUGCAGAUUUAGGGGUUCUAAAUGGUGGAAUGGGACACAGCUAAGGAACUGCGCGUUUUUGUUCUUAGUGGCAGUUCACGUUGAGUUCCUACGCAAAUACCAAGGCUGUGCAGAUUCUUUCCCGUCUCGUCCACAGUUCUACGUACAAUUGUACCAUGCUGGUGAAAGCAUUGUAACAUCGUAGUGAGAAAUUGAGAAGAGUAGAGAGAUCCCUAGAACCAGAUACAGGUCAUCCAGAAUGGUUCGAGCCUUUGCAACCACAAGCGGUUACAUGAAGGCAGCUGCAAAUGGUCCUGUAGCAGCGCCUGGUGUGGCUCCGUCAGGGCAAGGUCUUCCACCCACUGCCUUGACACCACCAGCUCCUCCUCCCCUCGGGAAUGGUGUAUCGCCUCCGGCACCUGGGAUUGUAUCGCCUCCGGCACCUGGGAUUGUAUCGCCUCCGGCACCUGGGAUUGUAUCGCCUCCGGCACCUGGGAUUGUAUCGCCUCCGGCACCUGGGAUUGUACCUCCUCCUGCGCCCGGGGCUACAUCUCCUCCUGCUCCUGUUCCUUCAUCGCCACUGCUGACAUCUCCACCUCCUGCUCUGUCUCCACCAUUGUUACCCCCAGUAUAUGCUCCUCCUCCUCUGCCUACCCCACCCCCAGCUAUACCUCCAGCAGUGCCCCCGCCUGUUCCAGUUCCAGUAGCUACACCUCCACCUAUCUUACCGCCCCCGCCAGUGCAAGCCCCUCCCCCAAUUUUGCCACCAGUGGCUCCGCCAAUUCAAUCACCUCCUCCAACUGCGACACCCCCUCCAAGUAAUGCUAGUCCUCCUUCUAAAGCCCCUCCUCCGCCAUGGUCAACUCCACCUUCAGUUUCACCCCCGGCCCCUCCACCAAAAAACGCUCCGCCCCCAACAGUGCCUCCUCCAAAAGCGCCACCAUCGCAAGCUCCUACUCUGACGAUUCCUACGAUUCCUGACCUUUCCCCUCCCCCUCCUGUGUUCAUCACCCAAGGAUCUCCACCUGCUCCUGGGCCGCCACCUUCAUCAGAGGGAACCAGUUCCACCCUGGUCGUUGGUGGGGCAGUCGGGGCAGUUGCGGUUCUUUUCGUUGCAAUUUGUGUUGUGGUUUGCUGUUGUAGGAAGAAGAGGAAGUCAGCUAUAAGUGAUGAUGGAUUCUCAUACAAGGGUUCAUCCAUUGCCACGAUGCCUCUUACGGGUGCGCAAUUCAAAAGUUCAGAUGCUCCAUCCGAUGCAUGGGGUAUACAUUCUGCCAGCAGCACUGGUACUGGAUCUGACAUUCCUCCACCGCCUUCGGGCUCAGACAAAAUGGGCAACUCGAGAUCCUACUUCACUUACAACGAACUUGCUGUCGCGACCGACAACUUCUCAAAGGACAACCUACUCGGUGAAGGUGGAUUUGGCCGUGUUUACAAAGGGAUACUGCCUAAUGGGACAGUUGUUGCUGUGAAGCAGCUGACUGUCGGUGGAGGUCAGGGCGAGCGCGAGUUUCGGGCUGAAGUUGAAGUUAUCAGCAGGGUGCAUCAUCGCCACUUGGUCUCACUGGUUGGGUAUUGUGUGGCUGAUCGACAGCGACUGCUUGUGUACGAAUUUGUACCGAAUGGUACCUUAGAGAACAAUUUGCAUAAUACUGACAUGCCCAUUAUGGAGUGGAGUACAAGGCUGAAGAUUGGUCUUGGAUGUGCUCGGGGUCUUGCAUAUCUACACGAGGAUUGCCACCCUAAAAUCAUACACAGAGACAUCAAAUCCUCCAAUAUUCUUCUCGAGGAGAAUUUUGAAGCUAAGGUCGCAGAUUUUGGGUUAGCAAAGCUUUCCUCUGACACUAACACCCACGUAUCGACUAGAGUGAUGGGAACAUUCGGUUAUUUGGCCCCAGAGUAUGCUGCUAGUGGGAAGCUCACAGACAGAUCAGAUGUUUUCUCGUUCGGCGUUGUCCUGUUGGAAUUGGUAACCGGGAGAAGGCCGAUAGACAUGAGCCAAGAAGCAGGAUUUGAGAGUUUGGUGGAAUGGGCAAGACCUGUGGCGAUGCGCAUUCUUGAAGAUGGACACCUCGAGGAUCUCGUGGACCCUAACUUGGACGGCAACUAUGACCGCGACGAAAUGUUUCGUGUCAUCGAAACUGCAGCUGCGUGUGUGCGACAUUCUGCUGUCAAGCGUCCAAGGAUGGCACAGGUUGUGCGAGCACUUGAAAGUGAAGACAGAGCAGGUCUUUACCAGGGAAUGAAACCUGGGCAGAGCAUGGAUAGUGAUUCUCAGUAUGGCAGUGAGUACGGUGGGACCAGCAGAUAUGGAGGUGAUAGUGGCGAGUUUGAUCAGAAUGAUCACAGUUCCAAUUCGGGGCCUCGUCCAUUUCACAAGCAAGGCGCCAACCAUCUGCCGAGGAUUGAAAGCGCUGAACACUCGAUUGCUGAAGAACCUGAUGAUCAGACGAUGGAGUACGUUAGGAGUGAAUCCUCGGGAAUCCACGCCUUCAAGCCACCUGUGUUUGGCACCCAACAAUUCCAUCCCCCGAAAUUCACAAGUGGUGAAUACGAUCCAGAUAAGGAGAGUUCUGACUUUCCUGGUGCGUACAGAAGCAGUAGCAAGAAAGUCUCUUCAUAUGCUCCCCCGAGGUCUGGCCUUCCCAAUAAUGGUAUGAGUGGGUUUAUGGGCGCCCCACCCCCUCCACCUGGUCGCUACAGCAAACCUGUCAAUCUCGGUGGAGAGGACUACGUGCCAAUUGGCAAGACAGUCAGCUUCGCACCCAACGUUGAGGAUAAGAAGUUCUAAGACCCUUGCUCCUCUGUACAAUAGCGUGUCAUCGCGAAUAAGACUGGGGCACUUCAGCUGGUUAAUCCUUAGAGAUUGGUCGUGUACAGCCUAGCGGAAGUGAUGAGUAGCCUUCAACUUGGAUUUUUUUUGGGUUCGGCCACAUUCAGUUCAGGAGAGAGACACCAGCUGACUGUCGACGACUAGCUCUAUAAGCUACUACUACCCGUUCCUAGGGGGGUCGGAAUAGGUGUGGGUAGCGGCAGGGUAAUAGGUGCUCUUGAAGGCCUGUCUGAUCGUAGGAGCUGAAACUCUACAUCAACUACUUCUCGCACGCCGUUCAGCAGAGGUAACGAAGGCGACGAACGCCAGCCCCGGUUUGUCGACAUGCUGCGUCAAUCCAGGAAUUUUCUACACCCUUGAGCAGACUCUCCUCUUGCCGACCUGCACUGGCGUACCACAUCGACUCGUAUUUAACGCAGAGAUCCAACCCUGAUGCUGCUCACCUAUGUUCUAUCAUACAUCAGGAAGGCGAUGGGGGUAUGACUGGCAAUUGAGGGACAUGUUUAAGGUGGGACAGCUAUGGGGAGUCCCGAGCUUCUACAUGCUACUCUGGUACCUCCAAGCGGUCAUUCCAAUCCUUAUGAUACAAUAAAUCAGGUGUUGGUUAACGGUGAGGGUGGCAUUCAACAUCAAGUUCGAAAUGGUUCUGUUGAAGAGAUUAUUGACGGCAACUCAGUAGACGAUUACCUCGCAAAUUACACACUAGGCUCUACUAAUUGCAGGCACUAGUGGAGUGUUCAACCUCGAUGUUAGAUGAUGUCGGAGAUGCUCGAUGUAUUCCUGUUGUAUCACGUAUGAGUAUCUGGCUUUUCUAGCAUGUUUUCCUUUCUUGUUGCGGUAUAUGAACGUCUGUUGCUGCCUGUUAUACUUAUAGUUUGAAUUCCACAACGAAACAUACAUCUUACCGAGAACAUCCCACUUGGUUGAAAAAUUCGUAUAUAGUCUUUCUUUGGAUUAUUGAGAUGUUGAUAACAUUUUACUUCGAA